UUUCAAUCAGCGUCAGGAUCAGUUAACUCCAUCCGAUCGUCAUGUCGGAAGAUUCUUACGAGGAAAUCAUCCGUCAGAUCAAUGAAGCGCACAUGGAGCUGAAAAUCAGACUCGAACAGGUGUCGAGGCUGCGGAUUGAUUGCGCGAAGCUACAGCUAGAAUUGCUGAAGCUCUUCAAGCCGCAAUGUUUAGAGAUACUAGAAGUGAUACGGGAUAUUUCUGUACCUGCGGAUUUCAUUGAUUUGAAUAACGGUGACGGUAUCGAAUCGCGCGACAACCAGGGUAACGAAGUCCUUCGCGCGAAUGAAGACGUAUCGAGGAAAUCUAUGAUGUAAUGUCAAGACAAGUCCAGAGAUCGGAACAGCC